AUGCAGGGUCUUGCGGAUGGUCCCGUCAAGACUCACCUGUUCCGGCUUGAACUAGAUUCACUAGAACAAGCCAUUUCCAUUGCGGAGCAGGAAGACUUCAGUCUGAGACAGGCUCGCGCCAGCUCGACAUCAUAUCGUCAACCGAGACGAUAUGACAGCGGAGGUCCAGAGCCGAUGGAACUCUGUUAUGUAGAGAGCGAGAAGGCUCGCUCUACAGGCUACAAGAAGUUGCAGAGAUGCAACAGAUGUCAAAAGACAGGACACUACGCUUACGAGUGUAGUGCCCCUCGUCCAGUGUCUCGCGACACUGGGCGUAGUGACCGUCCACCCAUGAGAAAGGGGCAGGGACGCGGGUCCGCUGCUGGUGCAAAGACGCAACACCGGGAUGGACCGUCAAAAAACGGACAGGAUCAGUAG